AUGUUCAAUCAUCUUAGAUCAAAUGCCAAGACAUACUUGGGUACGAUCACAGCCAUUGGAGCAUCGUUGACCACAGGCACAUUGUUCAUGUCCGAUGACUUUGCUCAACCACCCGAAUACCCAUGGAACCAUCGUUUCCCCUGGCAAUCAUUCGAUCACGCUUCAAUUCGUCGUGGUCAUCACGUCUACACUCAAGUCUGUGCCACCUGUCACAGUCUCGACAUGAUCUCAUAUCGUCAUCUCAUCGACGUUGCCUACACUGUCGACGAGAUGAAGGCAUUCACAGCUGAGCUCACUGUUGAGGAUGGACCAGACUCAGAGGGAGAGAUGUUUGAGCGCAAGGCAGCCAUCACCGACUACCAUCCCAAGCCAUAUCCCAAUCAGAACGCAGCUCGUUUCUCAAACAAUGGUGCACUCCCACCCGAUAUGUCACUGGUGAUCAAGGCACGCUCUCGUCACGAGGACUACGUCUUCUCACUGUUGACCAGCUACGUCGACCCACCCACUGGAGUCAAAAUCGUUGGCGGUCAGCACUUCAAUCCAUACUUCCCUGGCACCAAGAUUGCCAUGGCGCCACCCUUGUCUGAGGGUGCACUCGAGUUUGACGAUGGCACUGACAACUCUGUGUCGCAGAUGGCCAAGGAUGUCAGCACAUUCCUUGCAUGGGCGUCCGAGCCUGAGCACGACGACAGAAAGAAGAUGGGAUUCAAGAUCAUUCUCGGUCUCGGCCUCAUUGCCGUGCCAAUGUUCUACUGGAAGCGUUUGAAGUGGAGCACAAUCAAGACACGCAAGAUUGAGUUCAAGGAUUGA